AUGGCCGCUGCCAAGGUCAUUGAUAUUCUGAACAGUGGUGGCAUCAUUUUUGAGGAGCAUGAUCUUGACAUCUGUUUCUUGAAUCUUCCUCAGCAACUGUUCCCUAAACCAGCCGUUGCUGUUGAGGACACCGAAGAGACCGAACAAUCUUGUCUUGAGCCUCCAACUAUUGAGAAAAAAUCUGUUCUCACAGCUGGCUAUACUACCAAGGACCAUCUCGGUGAAGACGGAAACUGCCGAGUGAUCAGCCCAACUGUGUUCAAGGCAAGAUUUCCUUUCAUGAGAAGGGCGAUCCGGACACUGACUCUUUGUGUUGUUUGA